AUGACUCAGACACUUUCUCUUGAAGGCAAGGUAGCUGUGAUUACUGGUGGUGCACGCAAUAUCGGCAAACGUGUUGCUGCUGAAAUGAUCAGCCGUGGUGCCAAAGUCGUCAUUGGUGAUCUCUUGGAUGCCGAAGGUGAAGCAACUAUUAACGAAUUUAACGUCAGUGCUGGAAGCAAGGUGGCUGCGUACAUUCACACCGAUGUCACAAAGUAUAGCGACAACAAGGCACUUUUCGCUUUGGCACAAGAGGAAUUUGGUGGUGUGGAUAUUGCUUUCCUUAACGCCGGCAUUGGCACAAACGCCAACGCCAUGUUUUUGCCCCUCGAUGACAAGGUCGACAAUCGCAUGUGUGACAUCAACACAACUGCUGUCGUCAAGGGCUCAAAGGUUGCCAUGCUCUAUAUGGCCAAGCGUGGUGGAGGUGUCAUUGUCAACACUGCCAGUGUUGCAGGUUUCCUCUGCUCUCCUGCUGUUGGUAUUUACGCUGCCUCAAAGCACGGUGUUAUCGGCUGGACCCGAUCGAAUGCCAUCUUUGAGCAUGUCUGUGGUGUCCGUAUGAACGCUGUCUGCCCUUACUGGGUUGAAACCGAGCUCGCUGGCGAUUUGGGCAAUGGUGGGGAUCAGGAUCCUUUUGCCAAGUUUGUUGCUGACUCUUCUCGUACCAAGGUUGAAACUGUCGUCGAGGCAGUAUUGACCCUGGUUGAAGACAAGUCCCGUAACGCUCAAACUUUGUUGGCACUUCCUGGCGAUGUCAUUCGACCUCAGGAACCCAUUGCUACUUAUCCCGAAAUCGCUGAUGCCAAGUACCAGGCGAUGGUUCCAAAGUAUGCUCAGGAGGCUAUUGUCUUUUACAAGAAGAAGCUGGCCGACGCUCUUGAGCGUGAGGGCAUCUAA